GGCGCGCGCGGAGGACGGGCUGCGAGCUGCAACAGCUGAGCCGGGAGGUGCUGUCCACGGUGCUGACGGGCCCCAGGAGCUGUGGGAGCGCGGAGAGAGGACCUCCCCGGCCAGGUGGGGAGCGUCAUGCGCCGAGGGCCGCCGUCGCCGCUAUCCGCGGUGCUGACGCCGCCAGGUGCGCUCCGUUCCCCCGGCUGGUAGCGCGGCUCGGGCCCGCUGCUAUCCGCGGUGCUGACCCCGCUGCCCUCGGCCACCGCUCGCCUGGAGGAAGCGUCCAGUUUGGAUUUUUCAAAAGCCCUUCUUUAUUUAGAUUCCAACGUCCUCGCAUCUCUUCUGUGCCAAAGGGGAGCUCAGGCCGUCCGUCUCCCCCUUUGCUCUCCCCAACUUGGCGCACCCUCCCUCCCAUUUCUCCCUGACACUCCCACCACCCCCCUCGGCUCGGCGGCUCGGCGCGAUGCUGCAGAAGACGCGCUGAGCCCUUUUGGAUCUAAUGCGCAGAGGAGGUUGGCCCAGAGCUCCCGGGCUCCCCUAAGGCUGAACUCCAUCCAAGGUGCCCGCAGGCUCCCUGCCCGCCUUCCCCAUGCCAGCCCGCAGCUAGGGGCAGGGGCAGCGGCGGCUGGGGUUGGGGGGGGGUGGGGAGCUUUUGGGGAGGACAGGUCGCAGCGUGGCUAUGGAAGGCUCCAAUGGCUUUGGGAUCGACUCCAUUCUCUCCCACCGAGCGGGCAGCCCCGCCCUUCCCAAGGGGGACCCCUUGCUCGGGGACUGCCGCUCGCCCCUGGAGCUGAGUCCGCGCUCGGAGAGCGACUGCUCUUCACCAGCCUCGCCAGGAAGGGACUGUCUGCAGACGGGCGCCCCGCGGCCUGGCGGGGCUUCGGGCCCAGGUUUGGACUCCCACCUGCAGCCUGGGCAGCUCUCAGCCCCAGCCCAGUCUCGCACCGUGAGCUCCUCCUUUCUGAUCAGGGACAUCCUUGCUGACUGCAAACCACUCGCGGCCUGUGCACCCUACUCUAGCAGCGGGCAGCCAGCCGCUCCUGAGCCUGGGGGCCGUCUUGCGGCCAAGGCCGGGGAGGACUUUAGAGAAAAGCUGGACAAAAGUAGCAGCAAUGCCUCAUCGGACUCUGAGUAUAAAGUGAAGGAGGAGGGCGACCGGGAGAUCUCCAGCUCGAGGGACAGUCCCCCGGUGCGCCUGAAAAAGCCACGCAAGGCACGCACGGCCUUCACCGACCAUCAGCUGGCGCAGCUGGAGCGCAGCUUUGAGCGGCAGAAGUACCUGAGCGUGCAGGACCGCAUGGAGCUCGCAGCCUCGCUCAACCUCACCGACACGCAGGUCAAGACCUGGUACCAGAACCGCAGGACUAAAUGGAAGCGACAGACGGCCGUGGGGUUGGAGCUGCUGGCGGAGGCAGGCAAUUACUCAGCGCUCCAGCGGAUGUUCCCGUCGCCUUAUUUCUACCCGCAGAGUCUAGUUUCCAACCUGGAUCCCGGCGCCGCGCUGUAUCUGUACCGCGGGCCCAGCGCGCCGCCGCCCGCCCUGCAGAGACCUCUGGUGCCCCGCAUCCUCAUCCACGGACUCCAGGGCGCCAGCGAGCCGCCCCCGCCGCUGCCCCCGCUGGCCGGCGUCCUCCCGAGGGCCGCACAGCCUCGGUGAAGCGCCCGCCCGCCGGCCCGCGGCGCACCCGGCCCCCGCUCCGGGGCUCCGCCGUGGCCCCUUCCGCCUGCCUCUGGGAGGGCGCGGGGCUUCAACGCCCCUUCCCAGGGGCCCCCGGUCCGGCCCUCCCUGGCGUCCAGCCCAGUGUCCCCAGAAGGGCCAAAUGCCAAGUCUUCUGAGUCCCGGACCCCCGGACUGAGUCUCCCUAACCAUCCUCGGCGUCCUCACUCCCAGCCACUCCAUCAGGGAGCCACUUCCACCGCCGGGGGUACAUACAUCCCCACGCCCCGCCCCCGUC